CUUCAAUCUAUAGAUCUACUUUUUUUUCCCACCCUUUCCUUUCACUGACUCACAAUACAACCAAUAUUAUUUAUUUCUAACGAGGCCAAACCUACGCGCAUGGGAUUCGAGUUCUAGGAGUGUAUCAAAGGAAACCCAUCCAAGCACUCCGAAGUGGCGUAAUCUCUUUCCUUGAUAUUCGUCUUGCGGGGCUUCUGCGAUAUCCGCCACAAUGAGUGCAAUCCUAUCGGCAGAUGACCUGAACGAUUUCAUAUCCCCAGGUGUUGCCUGUAUCAAACCAGUAGAGACGCUUCCAAACAAUGAAUUCUCCGAUUCUCAGAACGCAUACGAAGUGACAACGGAAGACAAAGUCCAACCAGAAAACCUCCCUCCAGCACAGAUAUCAUUAACCGAUUGUCUCGCCUGCUCCGGCUGCGUCACAUCCGCCGAAGCGGUCCUGAUCUCUCUGCAAUCGCAUGCGGAGGUCCUCAACACACUUGACGCUUAUCCCGAGAUAUCCUUGAUUCCAGACCAGAUUAGAUCAUCUCUUGAUGGUAACAACGCGCAGGAUGGAGAAAGUAGGGUGUUCGUUGCGAGUGUUAGCCCUCAAGUGAGGGCAAGCCUAGCUGCCACUUAUGGCAUUUCCGAAAAAGAAGCGACAUACAUGAUCGACCAAUUUUUAAGCGGCCCCCAGGGCUUAAGGGCCGGAGGAAAACAUGGUAGUGGUUUCGCUUGGGUUGUCGAUACGAACAUUAUGCGUGAAGCAGUCCUCGUUCUAACGGCAGAUGAAGUUAACGAGACCUUGAAAGAAGCAUCUGCCAGGAAAUCUUCGAAAGAUCCUUUCCCAAAGCGGCCAGUCUUGUCCUCAGCUUGCCCGGGCUGGAUUUGCUAUGCUGAGAAGACACACCCUUUCAUUCUCCCGCACCUGUCGCGACUGAAGUCCCCGCAGGCACUGACUGGCACUUUUUUAAAGACUGUGUUGAGCAAAGCAUUGGGCGUGUCACCCUCCCGUAUAUGGCAUCUCGCUAUCAUGCCAUGUUUUGAUAAAAAGCUCGAGGCUAGUCGUGAGGAACUAACCGAUGUCUCGUGGUCUUCGCUUGACAGUGGGGCGGCUUCUACUGAGACCCAUAAACCUGUCCGCGAUGUAGAUUGUGUCAUUACCACACGUGAACUCCUUUCAUUGGCUUCCUCUCGUGGGAUAUCUCUCCCUGCAUUACCGUUGAGACCUUUAACCUUGGCAUAUACACCUCAAUUCCCAGACGAGACUCUUAACAUGUUCCUGUUCCGCAAACACAGUGGAUUAGAACAGUCGUUAGAAACCGGUACAUCGGGGGGUUACCUUCAUCAUGUCCUCAAGGCUUUCCAAGCGAAGAAUCCCGGAAGUGAGAUUGUUGCACAGCGAGGGAGAAACGCUGACGUGGUGGAGUAUUUACUUAUGUCCCCCGGAGGGGAACCCCUUAUGAAAGCGGCUCGCUAUUAUGGUUUCAGAAACAUCCAGAAUCUCGUCAGGAAGCUCAAGCCCGCACGCAUGUCAAGACUUCCAGGGGCUAGAGCUCCCACAGCUUCAGCAGGCGGCAAUCGGCGCCAGCCAAUCUCGAGAAACAGCGCUUCUACUGGAUCUGGGGCAGAUUAUGCAUAUGUGGAAGUUAUGGCGUGCCCUGGAGGCUGUACCAAUGGAGGGGGCCAGAUACGGAUUGAAGAUGUCAGGGAAGCCAGUUCAAACGCACAGUUGGUAACCUCAUCGGAAAAUCCAAAGCCAUCCCCGCACGAGCAGCGGGCCUGGCUCGCUCGUGUCGACGAAACAUAUUUCUCCGCCGAGUCUGAUACUGAAGGCGAAAUGGACCGUCAGACGCAGCCUCUCUCUAUCCCCGAGAGAGAGGCUAGAGUCCACGAAGCUUUACAACAUUGGUCUGACCUGAUGAAGAUCCCUCUCGCUAAACUUGUCUAUACUACUUAUCGGGAGGUCGAGAGCGAUGUUGGCAAAAGCAAAGACACCCCUAUCGAUACCACCCGCGUUGUUGAGUUGGCUGGGAAGAUUGGCGGUGGCUGGUAGCUGCUCGCUCAAUUUUAAUGACUUGAAUACCCCGUGAUGCUUACUGAUUUAUGACUUUUAUAGAUUUCUUUGUAUGGACAAAAAGCAUGUCCUGCAUUUUGGUUGCAUUUACAAGGAUAGAGAGAUACCAGUUCUUGUACUAUUCCAGCAUUUAUCUAGAGACGG